AUGAGUCCGGAGUUCAGAGCCAGAGGGCACCGGCCUCCUUGAGGAGGGGCACGAGGGUACCGCUGAUAUGGGAGGCCAUGACGCUGUCCAUGGCCCCGACCAGCUUCCCACCGACAAAAACGACGGGGACAGCAGAAGGCCCCCCGAGGAGCUGCAGGAACGCCCUCUCCAUGUCCGCCCCGCGGGGGUCCUCGUCCAGCUCGUACACCGUCGGGUUCACUCCCAUCCCGCAGAAGAGCCGCUUCACGGCGUGACACAUGCAACAGGUGCUCACGCUGAAGAUCACCACCGCGUUCUCCGCCGCCAGCCUCUCCACCCUCUCCAGCGCGUCGCAGGCCCCCGCCGUCCUCCUGCGAGGGGACGACCCCGGCAUGUGAGAGCUCCACGUCUCCGCCCCCGCCGCUUUGUAAUGCAUGCUGCUCUGCAUUGCCCGCAGACAAGAUGACGAAGCUCGCCCACGAAGAUGAUGAAGUGAAAGCGGUGAGGGGAGGAGGUGUAACACGAGCACGUGGAAGGAGGAGUGGUCGGGAGCUGUUGGCGGAGAGUGA